AUGGUCGCCUUCACUCCAGUCGCUCUUUUGGCUCUUGCCGCCUCGGUUCUUGCCGACGAGACUAUCUCGACUUCCACCAUCACCAUCACAACCACCGUUUUGGACCCAUCCGAGUCCUCGUCGCUCGUCUCCGCCUCCUUGGCCUCGGUCGCCUCCGAGCAGUCCAAGGCCUCUGAAGCCUCCGUCGCUUCUGAGGCUUCCAAGGCCUCUGAAGCUUCUGUUGCUUCUGAAGCAUCUGUUGCUUCUGCUGCCUCUGCUGCCUCUGCUGCCUCUGAGGCCUCUGCUGCUUCUGCUGCUUCUGCUGCUUCUGCUGCUUCUGCUGCUUCUGCUGCCUCUGUUGCUUCUGUUGCUUCCGUGGCAUCCAUCAAGUCGGCUGCUGCUGCUGCUUCUGAGGCUUCUGCUUCCAAGGCUGCUGCUUUGACCGCUUACAAGGGUGUGGUUGCUGUUGCUUCUGCCAACACCACCACCCACUCUUCUGUUGCUACCAGCGCCCCUUACACAAACAAAACUAACAGCACCACUGCUCCUUACACUAAUAGCUCGUCCACUCGUCACAGCAGCUCUACCAAGGGCUCCAGCAGCCUUUCUUCCAGCGCUAGAGCUACUUCUUCUGGCAGCUCUGCUGGCGCUUCCAGCUCUGCUUCGUCCUCGGGCCAGGCUGCUGCAUUGGGAGUUGGUUUGGGUAUGCUUGGUGCUAUUGCUGCCCACUUGUUGUAA